AUGACUGAGAGGAGUCCAUUCUCCCAAAAGCUUUCGGAGGAGAGCAGAGCCAACGUGUUGGCCUGCCUCGGCGUAACGGCCGCCAAGGACUCGCCAGAGCUCACGGCAUACCUCAACUACCUCCAAGCCGAGCUGCGAGGCGCCGAGAGGUUGAAGCCUAGAUCAACCAUACAGACCCACGACGAUGCCACCCAACGCUUCGAGCUGUUGAAGAGUCACCCGCGGACCUCCAAGUCCGACAUUGCCAAGCUCGGUCCGUCGCCGCCCAACUUCACGGACCUCGACGUCCUCGUGCGGGUGUUCCUCGUGACGGCGUGCCAGUCUCCGGGAACUGCAGGCGGGGGCGUGACGAACCCGUCGUGGCGGGGCUACGAAACGCUAGAAGACUACGUCAAUCGUGUGUACCCGCAACGACCGCCCAGCGGCGACGGGGAGUGGGAAACUGUGGAGGCCGGGAAGCUGAUGGCCUCAUAUUUGACAUCCGAGGGGAGGAUGAAAAUCAAAUGGACGGACCGGCUGUCGGACCAUCUUGCCAUAGCCCCGGGCCCUGACUGGAAAACUGUUCACUUGUUCCGCUUCCCGUUGUAUCUCAAGAGCUGCCUUGAGAACCUUCAGUCUCUAGACACCGAGUCUAGGCAAGUCUGUCAUAAAUGCCUCGAACGCGGUUGCCUGCCGUUUCCGCUCUUACAUGAGACGUUGAGGACGUACAACUUAAUCUUCCCGCUGAGCGACCUACCGUCGCGGAAGGUACUCAAAAGAAGUCUCAGCGACGUUAGCAGCGAGCAUUCGGACCAGUUCUUAGACCUUUCCUCGAUGCCCGACACGCACGAGUGGCCGGAGGAAACUCAUCCCGAGGACCUCCUCAGCCUGUACGAGCAGUAUCCGUUCUGGGGCAGGAGAUUGGAAAGUCUUCUCAGGGGGGUGGACAACCCCAAGCCGACGACGGCGUUUGAGAAGUGGGCAAAUAGCCACAAAUCCCAAUGGUGGGACACUUGGUGGGGAAUGCUGGGCAUAGGCAUCGCCCUUACCGUGGGCCUCUUGUCGCUCGUCCUCGCCGGCUUACAGGUGUGGUUGACCUAUUGCUCUUGGAUAGAUGAUGUGAGAGCCCCGGGGUGCGGCUGGAAGGCGAAGUAUCACCCAGCGGUGGAAGCGGCGGUGGAAGCGGCGGUGUCGAGGAGAUACAUUCUAGGAAGAUGA